AUGGUUUAUCUAAAAAAUUUAUUAAAAAAUUGGAGUACGUGGCCGCAGUGGUUCGCCGCUUUUGACAUAUUUUUAAUGGCCUUCGUCUCUGGUCUCGAAACUGGAUGGGCUUCUCCGUCGUUAGCGAAAUUAAUCAGUAUUAAUUCAUCAUUACCAAUAAAUGAAUAUCAAGCAUCAUGGAUAGCAUCAUUAUUGAACACAGGACGUUCAUUUGGUGCAGUAUUAGGACUAAUAAGUACAGAAUACUUAGGAAGUAAAACAUCACUAAUUUAUAACGCAUAUAUACACGGAAUUGGUAUGAUAUGCUUAUUGUAUGUUUACUCAGUUAAUUGGCUCUAUGCAUCACGUUUUAUUGUUGGUCUUGGCUCCGGAAUGUGGGCAAGUAUAUUUCCAAUUUAUAUUGGGGAAAUAUCAAACCCUAAAAUACGUGGUGCAUUAGUUUGUCUUAUAUCCAUUGGCAUGCCAAUAGGUUUUAUAUUCGGCAACAUAAUAGGUGCUUACACUGAAAUGUGGAUAUUUGGAAUAAUUAGUUUAGUGCCAGUAUUAUUGUUCCUAAUUUUGUUUAUGUGGUUUCCUAAAACCCCCCACUUUCUUGUGCUGAAAGGCCAGAUAGACGACGCACUGAUUUCAAUCGAAUGGUACCAGCGUGACGCAAAUGCAAUUCUUGACUUGGUUUCGAUAAAAAAUUUCGUCGAGGAAAAACGAUUUUUGAACGCUGCUGAUUACAUUAAAUAUCUAAUGCUGCCAUUCAAUCGCAUCGCCCUGAUUAAAGUUAACACCGUGCAUUUCUUGUUACAAAUGAGUGGAUUUUGCACCGUCAGUUACUAUAUGGAAAUAAUAUUAACUCAAGCACAAGUGACAUUGAUGGAUACUGCAUUAGCAGUACCAACUAUCGCGGGAACAGCACUAAUAGGUGGUGUUAUAUCGAUAUAUACCUGCGAUAAAUUAGGUCGGAAAGUUCUCUUAAGUACCAGCAGUAUGUGUAUAGCGUUGAGUAUGUUUGCUAUCGGGAUCUAUUUUCAUCUAUUGGAUUCAAAGUUUGACAUUAUGUCGUACGAUUCGGUGAUAUUAUUUUUUUUCAUAAUGAUUGAAUUUUCUGUUUACUUGGGAAUCGACCCCAUAUUAGGAACUAUUAAUAGCGAAAUAUUUUCACCAAACAUCAAAAUAAUUGCCUGUUGCUUAACUAAUUUUAUGUCUGGGUUAUUUGCAUCCAUCGCAACGCAAUUUUAUCAAACAUUAGUUGACGCGAUUUCUUUAAAGUGUGUGUUUUAUUUUUAUGGUAUAAAUAUGACAUUGUUAGCGGUGUUUGUGUGGUACGCUCUUCCGGAAACUAAAGGAAAGUCACUACAAGAGAUUCAAGAUAUGUUGAAGAAAAAAUUUGGACUUGAAAUUUAUUGA